GAAUUACAGUUUGGUAUAAAUGUCCUUUUUGCUGAGAAUAACUUUUUGAGGCUACAAAAUUUCUGAGCAAAAAAAAACUAAAAAGAGUUAGAGUAAUCACUCAAAUUUAACUGCUGCGGUUUCAGUUUUAAUUUGCAACUGUAAUGAAACCAGAAAAGAACUACAGGAGGCCUUGCAAGCAUUUCUCGCAAGCAAAACAAACAAGAAACAGAAACAGGCGAGCAAAAAUGGCCCCAGGCAAUCUGGUUAUAUGUCAAAGCAUCAAUAUCGACUUUGGUAGUGAAAAAAACCGGCAGUGUGGUCUGAAACACAGCUGCGGGUGCCGCAUUACUAUGCUGAUACAGGUGCAAAACACAGGCGACAGCAGGGACUGGCAGGGCGUCGGCGGCAGGGUUAGCGAGCGCUCGCUUAGGACGCAGAGCCUGUUUGCCACAGCUCAUUCGGCUCACAGUGGAGGAACCUUAACAGUUGCGGAGUCAGCGGUGCGACGAGGCCCGUUGCCAGUCCGAACGCUGUGUGUUUUACGAGGUGACCGGGUCUGCAGCGGAAUAAUUCUGGUGUUUUUAGGCUAGAAUAUUAAUAGACCCAUAACCUGUUGACUUUUUACUGGCAUAUUUGUGUGGGCUUACCAAAAUAGGCAGGCCUUACAUGUUUGCAAGAAGGUUCGAACCUCACACACUAUUGUUUGCAAACAAACUGCAACUGAUUUUGAGUGAAAAUUUUAAAUUCAAAUUGUCUUUGCAAGUUACAUCGCUAGCGCUCAGAUAUUAAGCAACCAUGAUUCAUGAAAGUCGUUAUUGGUUUUAAUCAUUAACUUACCCAAGUC